UCAAAGCCCUUUCUCACCCCAAAUUCUCCUCUUCGAUGUAUCGGCGACCUACUUAUUUGUGAUCGAUCGAUUACUUCUCUUCCCAGAUUACUCUUUCAAUAAUUUACAAUCUUUGUCCAUCUGGUUGUCGAUCGUACAAAGCCGCCCGCCGUCUCUCGAUUUAUUCGUGCCCCAGCUCGUCGAUCUCAUCAUCUCCCUACUUGUCGAGUCUGUUUGUUACCCUUGCAAAGAUGGUUUCUUUUUCGUUGGAUUAAUCGAAAGAUUUUGUUGAUUUUUGUUUCGAUUUGGUCCCGGAAUUGAAACAGAUGGCAGGGGAAAGGUGUGAUCUUAACAAGGACGAAGCGGAGAUUCUCAAACCUUCUUCCUCUUCCCCUUCUAUUUUGCCGCAGCUUUCCCCUCAAGGAUUUGAAGCUCCGGAGAGGCCUGAGAGAUUCCAGGCACCUACUGUUCCGAUUUCCUGCCCGCCGAAGACCGAGGAAGACUGCCGUCCAUCCCCGACCAUUCAGUCCAUUAAGCGUUGCUUGAUCUGCGGGAAAAGGGUGGGCUUGACCGGCUUCCGGUGCCGCUGCGGCGAUCUCUUCUGCAAACUUCACCGGUACUCCGAUUCCCAUGACUGCUCAUUCGAUUACAAGGCGGCUGGAAGAGAACAGAUCGCCAAGGCCAAUCCUCUCAUAAGGGCUGCGAAGAUCAUUAAAAUAUGAGGGUUUCUUUUCCUCCUGUUACUCAACAUUUCUUGAAAUUAACUGGGUCUAGCUACUUCAUCUUGCAGUCUGAUUGAAUUGCAUUGUCUCUGAAUUUUUUUUUAGAGAUUUAUCCAACUUCGUAUGUAUCAUCA